GCUCCGACGUGACGCGACGUGACGGCUAUGCGCGGGAAUGCUGGACGGCGACCACCGCGCAGCUGACGGCGGCGGCAGACGCGAAACUGAAGGCGAUGGCGGAGACGUGGCUUCGGCCGCCAGCUCGGAGGCCGCAGGGACGGCGGCUGCCGCUCGGACAGAGGCAGCCGUCGAAGAUGUCAGCGACAGCGACAGUGACAGCUUCAGCUGGACCAGCUCCGUGGCCGGCGAGAGCCUGGCGGACGAUACGGUGCCAGCGAACGCGCUCGCGGCGAUGGGGGUGGACCAGGGGGGCGUGGUCCCGUUCGGGCUGGCAGACCCGCGCCGCCACCUGAGUCCUGGCCCCACCUUCGGCAACGUUGCCGUCGCCAACUCUACCGACGUCCAGUUCGGUAACAAGACGUUCUUCAACGGGCCCGUCACUAUCAAACAGGUGGUAUACGCCAAGGAUGUGGAGGGCGCCGCUGCCACGGCCGUGCCCGCCGCCGGCACGGGCGCUAGCGUCGCGCACGUCGACCCCGCCGCCCCCGACAAGACCGCCGUCGUCGCCGAGGGAGUCCGCCUCAAGGUGCUGCAGCCCAUCGUCGCCAACGGCAAGGCGGCGCGCGCCAACGGUGCUGUUCCUUCCACAAGCAAUGAGUCCGUGACGGGAACCAACUGCUGCGAAAUACCUGGCUUCUCCGGAGCCGGCAAACCAGCCCUGUCGUGGCCUCCACGGCAGUUACCUCACCGUCUCGCCAUCGCUGCCGCCGCAGCCGUCUCGCCGCCGCUGCCGCCACAGUCAAUUCGCCACCUCCGUCUUCGUCAACGCCGCCGCCAUCACCGCUGUCGUCAGCACCACGUCACUGGGUGUCCCCUGCCAUCUCGGCGUCACUUCGUCACCGGUGAAGGAGAGGGCGUCCGCCGCAGCUGGUGGCGCCGCCUGUGGAAGACGACCAGGGAGCGCAACAUGGCGCUGUGCGGCGCGGCAGCAGCGCUCCUGCUGGUGGGGGGCAUCAUGAGCGUGGCCAGCGCGCUCAUCAGGGACUUCAACAGGGCUUCGUACAAGCCCAGCGUGCCCGAGCUGCCCAAGCCCUGGGAGACAGCCGACACGAACGUGACACUGAGCGGCAAGCUGCACGUCAUCCCUCGUCGCGAGUGGUUGGCACAGCCACGGCUGGACUCAGCUGAGUUCCUGUCUCUGCCCGUUCCCUACGUGAUCAUCAGCCACUCGGCCACAGAGGGCUGCGACACGCAGGCUGCCUGCACACAUCUGAUCCGCUUCCUCCAGACAUUCCACAUCGAGAGCCGGGGCUGGUCCGACAUCAUCUACAACUUCCUGGUGGGCGGGGAUGGCUACGUGUAUGAAGGCCGUGGCUGGACUGUAGUCGGCGCACACACCUUCGGCUAUAACAAUCGCAGCAUCGGACUUAACAUGGUCGGCACCUUCACCAAGGCGCUACCUUCGGAGGCGCAAAUGCUUGCCCUGCGUCAGCUCAUAGAGCUGGGCGUCCAGGAAGGCUUCAUCGCCGAGAAUUACAAGCUGCUGGGGCAUCGGCAGCUCGCGAACACCGAGAGCCCAGGCACCAGGCUGUAUGAGGAACUGAUGACGUGGCCCCAUUGGUCUCGAACCCCAUGAGCCUUCCUUCAUUACUCCAACCCUUACGCAAUAUUCGACUUCUCUGAGGUACAGCCCCAUCCAUAUCUGUUAGGGCCCCUCUUCCCUGAGACAUGAAUAAGAUAUGGUGCAAAUGGGAAAUCUCUGACCUCAGUGCCCGAGUUCCCUGCGACAACCAAUCAGCUCUAGUGCAUACUGGAUAUCUCUGACGUCAGGGCGCGAAUUCCUCAAAGCAGGAAUCCGCUUCUGAUCCAUACUGGAUACCUUAUCUGAAUUAUAUCUGAGCCCAUGGGGCAACAUUAUUUAAGCAGGCUAACUCAAAGCCAAAGGUGCAACGCACAAAGACAGUUACUAAUUGUGUGUAAAAUAGAGGCUGUGUACUUUCUUAUGCAGGCUUACGCAGCCAUUGUCAGCGAACGCAAAAUCUUGUGGGCGAUCAAGUGUGCCACUUUCCCCUUGUACUCCUUCCAAAAGCUUUAAAUUUUAUCUGAUAUCGAGCGAACUUCUUCAUGAGCUUUUCGGUUUCUUCAGGUCGUUUAGCACUGUCGGAAGCCUAGUAAGGAUGCUUCUCGUGUUCUUGCUGAAGAAGUAGAACUAUUGGGCAAAAUUCCAUAGGCGUCGAUUGGCAGACCAUAUUAAUUAGUCAUUGCGUGUCUAAUAAUAGCUCCCUACCCAUGACUUAGGCUUUCUUGUGGAAGCCGUCGUUAUUAAUCAGGUACCCAAUAACCUAUUACAUUGGCCUACCGAAGUUAUCCUGAGUAUUUGUACACAGAAACAACUGUGUUCACUCAGCUGGAGAAACCAGAAAGAACUCAGAAGAGGGAUCGAAACGUCGAAUCUGUAGAAAAAAAAUAGAAGGGGGGGAACGAUGAAGCCCCAUCGGCGACAAGAUUCCACUGUCAAUGGCCGCUUAAUCAUCAUAUCUGUCACAAUGAAUUCGUCAACUACGUCCACAUUGUGACAGUGUUUUAAAUGGAGUUCCAUCCUUGAGUCUCAGAGAAAUGUUAGUUUACAAAUAUACCUACAACGAAAACCAUAUGAAUUGUUCGCUAUUAAUGCAUAAUCGAAAACCGCAAAAGCGGAAGAAUAACAUUCGGCAAUACGCUAUCGCGUCAGUAUGGCAUGGAGUGAGAAGUCUGCUUUCGUCAACUAACUAUAUAUUCAAGGCUCUCGUUUCAUCCAAGCUAGUAAAGACUAAUUCAAACCGAAAACAAAUUAUGAUACUCUUUUACAGAAAAUUCGAAAUUGCAAAAGCAGGGUUGUUUCGGUUAUCAACAACACGGAUGAUAAUAUUAAAAAAAGCUUUGUUGUUCACAGAGAGGAACAAUAUAAACCUACUUGAUUAGAAGAUUUACAGUUUGUAGCGGAAAGCCGAAAAGGUAACCUUCAUAAACCUAUUUCGCGGCAGCCGCAGACCAUACUGCAGUAAACUGCAGAUACUACAAAUGACUGUCAUUCGACAGCAGCUAAAUGUGAAUCAAAGGCCAAGGGUCUUCAGCGACGGGUGUACUGCAUAUGUGAUAUAUAAAUACCUCGGUUUGUGUUCGAGGUACAAAGAAAUCACCACUACCUCAGAGGUGGGUUACGAUUUCGCAGUAGGCGAUUCCGAUAUAAUUGGGGAUUGUGUAAGAAUCUCUUCCAGGAAACGGGUGCACGCAGUGUGCUUCAAUAGCCGGGGUCUAGAGAUGGUGCUUUAUAAUUUUUUUUCUGAGAAGUAAUACAGUACCUAAUUUACUUAUUCAGUUUAUAUGUUUUCCCUUAAUUAAAGAUAUUUAAAAUAAGAUGGGAAAAGGACAGAGUUUGAGUUUAUGUAAACAAAUGAUGUACCAAAAGUGAUUAGAAAUAAAAUUUCUGAUCAUAUUUUUAAGUAUUGUUGUACAUUGCUGUCUUUCAAAAUAAAACAUGAUGCUCGAUACAAUUGCUCGUAA